CUGCGCCUGGGGCUUAUGCUAAAGGUGAAUGCGGAUUACGAGCAAUCGCUGAAGCACCUGCAGCUGGCCCUCAACGACUCGUCGCCGUGCACCCUCGCCAAACCGGACAUUCGCUUCCAUAUUGCCCAUCUGUAUGAGGUGCAGAACAAGUACAAGCCAGCGAAGGAGGCAUACGAGCGGCUAUUGGCCAACAAGCAGCUGACGGCUUCACUGAAGGCCGACAUCUACCGGCAGCUGGGAUGGAUGUACCACACCGUUGACGUUCUCGGAGACAAAGUGCAACGGGAACGGCUCGCGAUCCACUGUCUGCAGAAGUCGAUCGAGGCGGAACCGCGCUCGGGCCAAACCCUCUACCUGCUCGGCCGUUGCUUCGCCGGCAUCAACAAGGUGCACGACGCUUUCAUUGCCUACCGCAACUCGGUCGAGAAGAGCGAGGGCAACGCGGACACCUGGUGCUCCAUCGGAGUACUGUACCAGCAGCAGAACCAGCCUAUGGACGCACUGCAGGCCUACAUAUGUGCCGUGCAGUUAGAUAAGUCACACUCGGCCGCCUGGACCAAUCUGGGCAUACUCUACGAAAGCUGCAACCAGCCGCGCGACGCGUACGCCUGCUUUCGCAACGCGACCAUCAAUCAGGACCAGCAGCAGGAUCGCACCGUGACCGCGUGCGAAAAGGUUACGACGGUGUCUAGCACGAAAAGUGGUUCCGCAACAGCUGCAGGCGCCACAGGCCAGCAAACGCCAUCUUCGGGAGCGACGACACCAUCGGGCUCCACGAUAUCGUCAACCACAAACCACUCAUCGGUUGCAGGGGGAUCGGCAGCAUCAUCAGAAAGCAAUAGCAGCGGCGUUAAUUCAUCGGCACCCGGAACUGUUCCGACACCGAUCGCAUCUUCCAUCGCGAGUGCCGAAUCGUCGCUCCAAGCGGCGAGCAGAACGCAAAGCCUCGGACAGCGGAUCAAAUUUCUCCAGCAGCAUCUGGGUAACGCACCCAUGCCGAGCAUAACGUCCAAGCGGCGGCAGCUACCUUCAAUCGAGGAGGCCUGGAAUCUGCCCAUUUCCAAUGAGAUGAGCUCGCGACAGCAACAGACGGCCCAGGCCCAGCAACGGCAGUUCCAAAAAGGAUACGGACAGGCUGGACAGUACCACACCGGACAGCAACAGCAGCAGCAAGUAGGCAGCAACAAUGGCCUCCCGAACAAGCGGUUCAAGCCGGAGGAGGGUGGUGGGGGAGUGCCAAUGCAGGGCGCUGGACGACCUGCGGGGGCCGCUGCUGGUCCGCAAGUCGUCCCCUCGUUCUAUCUCACUCAACAGCAACUGCAGAUGCUGCAGUUGCUGCAGAACCAGAGCAACCUUUCCGCCCAGCAGCAGUCGAUGCUGCAAACGCUGAUGCAUCAGUACCGGAUGAUGCAGCAACAUCAGCAGCAGUUGCGCAUUCAGCAACAACGAACCCAGCAGCAGCAGCAACAGCAAGUGGCGUUCCAGAGCCAAGCGCAGGGAAUGGUGGCGAACACCUCUCAGCAGCAGCAGCAGCAGUUGGUGGCCGCAGGAAACAAGACGCCCCAGUCCGGCAUAGUUCCCCAGACGGCGACCGGGUUUGUGAACGAUGGCCACUUUUCACCCGCCACCGGUCAGUCACAGCAAGCUGCCGGGAUGCCGUACAAGUCGGCAGGCGGUACUUACGCGCCGUCCGGCUACCCGGGCUCCGCUGCAGGAUUCACGCAAAUCUCAUCGCCCACCACGAAUCACCAACAGCCACAGCAGAACAACAACCAAGCGGAUAUAGAAUUGCAAGCGCUUCUUGCAUCGAAAGACGAUAAGGCCACGUUUGCGGAGACACUGUUGAAGCAGUUUAGCUCGGAAUCGUUGGACAUUAAGGAUCCGAAGCUUUUGGAGCAGCAACCACCACCGUCCGCCAGUGUCACUUCUUCGACCACCAUCGACUCGACAACCACCUGCAGCAUCACCACUAACACCAGCAACACCAAAUCAUCACCAAUAAAAGCGGAAGCGACUUCUACGACGGCAGCCGCUGCCACUUCCAAGCGGCAGCAGCUGCAGCAACAAUUGGCCAAGCAUGACAUCAAGCUAGAGCCAGUGAUUAAGAUAGAGAAGCUAUGUACUGAUUCCAUGCAGACCAGCGGGGAUUACACGAUAGCGAUGAACGCGAAAGACAUCCGUGAAAUGGUACGGAAACGUGGCAACAGCACCAACUCUAGUAGCGACCUCAAAGAUGUACCCGCCGUCUGUUCGGUACUGGCUGCGGACGCACCACCACCCUGCCCGCCCGACUGUCCACCGACACGAUUGACCCGAGAACAGCUCCAACCGCCCACACCGUCCGUUUUUCUUGAGAACAAGAAGGAUGCCUUCAGUCCGCAGCUACAAGAGUUUUGUUUGAAGCACCCGAUCGCUGUGGUUCGACAGCUCGGAGCUGCCCUGAAGCUUGAUCUAGGUUUGUUUUCGACCAAGACGCUGGUGGAAGCGAAUCCGGACCACAGCGUUGAGGUACGCACACAGGUGCACCAGUCGCCGGAUGAAAACUGGGAUGGAAACAAGAACUCGAAGGUUUGGGCGUGUAUCUCUCAUCGAUCGCACACAACGAUCGCGAAGUACGCACAGUACCAGGCAUCGAGUUUUUCCGACAAAAUUAAGGAGGAGCGCGACAAGCUGGCCGGCAUUUCAACUGCAUCCACCAACUCCGAUUCCGAUUCGAAAGAUUCGAUCUCCAACAGCAGCGGUGCGGGCGGAAGUGGGAAUGGCAAGCGAAAAAAGUGCAAAAAUGGCAACAAAAUGCUACGCUUCGGCACCAACGUCGACCUCUCGGAUGAGCGCAAGUGGAAGGCGCAGCUGCAGGAGCUACAAAAGUUGCCACCGUUUGCCCGCGUCGUGUCAGCAGCGAACAUGCUGUCACACGUCGGCCACAUGAUACUCGGCAUGAACACGGUGCAGCUGUACAUGAAGGUUCCGGGAAGCCGAACGCCGGGCCAUCAGGAGAACAAUAAUUUCUGCUCGAUCAACAUCAACAUCGGGCCGGGUGAUUGCGAGUGGUUUGCGACGCCCGACUCCUACUGGGGCGGCAUUCAGGCACUGUGUGAAAAGAACAAUAUCAACUACCUGCACGGCUCGUGGUGGCCCGCACUUGAGGAUCUGUACGCGGAGAACAUUCCCGUCUAUCGAUUUACGCAGCGUCCUGGCGAUCUAGUGUGGGUUAAUGCUGGCUGUGUCCAUUGGGUGCAAGCCAUCGGUUGGUGUAAUAACAUUGCGUGGAACGUGGGACCACUGACCGGUCGACAGUUCCAGCUAGCGGUCGAACGGUACGAGUGGAACAAACUGGAAAGCUACAAGAGCAUUGUGCCGAUGGUGCACCUGAGCUGGAAUCUGGCACGCAACAUCAAGGUUUCCGAUCCGAAGCUGUUUGAAGCGAUCAAAACCUGUCUGAUGCAGACGAUGAAGCAUUGCAUGCAAAUCUUGGAAUACGUAAAAUCACUUAAUGUCGAGGUGCGGUUUCAUGGACGCGGCAAGAAUGAAGCGUCGCAUUACUGCGGACAAUGUGAGGUGGAAGUGUUCAAUAUCCUCUUCAUUCGCGAGCAGGAGAAACGGCACAUCGUGCAUUGCAUGGGCUGUGCUCGAAAACAAUCACCAACUCUUCAAGGUUUCGUCUGCCUCGAGGAGUAUAAGCUCGCUGAGUUGAUGCAGGUUUAUGAUGCAUUUGUGCUUCACACAACGCCACCACCAGCACAGUCUCAGCAACAAUCCCCUCAGCAGCAAACGGUGACUGGCUGUGCAUCGUCGUCGCAAUCUUCUCCGACUUUGGGGGCGCCAGUGACUGGCAGUAGUUCUGUCAGUUCAUCAUGCACCAUCUCUUCCUCGGUGACAAUUAGCGGAGCCUCGGCCACAACAUGUGCCGGUGGUUCCAUGAUUGGUGCAGGAUCCACUGCUUCGUCUGGUUCGGUUCCGGUUUCGUCGGUUGCAUCGUAGAGCAGCGUUGCCACUAACUGGCCGUAAAAUUCUUCGCACGCGGCUUGUGUAUCCCACCACGCGAUUUUCAUCGUUCCUGCACCAAACUGGUCACAGAAGGUCCGUACCAAAAAGGGGUUUUGACGGCAACAAUGAAUCCUACAGCACCACCACCUAUGAUCGCCCAACGGCACAAUAACGACUUCGACUUUUUGUUUGCUCUGUCCAUGUGUCGUAUUUGGCGGUUGAACGGUGGUGAUGUUGUCGUUGUUGCCGGGUAAGUUUAGUUUUAAUUUAGUUCAAUUAUUGCACACCAACAAGCGACAGAAAGUAGGGACGGUGGUGUCACUUUCGCAAAAUACAUCCCGCCGGAAAAAUAUAUAGAAAAAAAGAGUACACAUAAGCCAGAGUGAAGUAACAGUGUCAGGUUUUGUCAACAGUGCACUUUCGGUUGUUUGUGGAGGAAUCAAUCGGGUUGAAGAAGGUCACGGGAAGCAGUAUUGUCAACUUGUUUUCUGCUUGCUGCUCCCAAUCAAAGUUAAAAAUAUUAUGAACUAUAUAUUCCAUUUUCCCUCACAGGAAUGUAAGUAUUGUGAGGAAAAUAAUGUAAAUAGAGAAGCAUGAGAGCAGUAAGUGCUGGAUGCUUUGCAAGCCUGAUAUGGAACAGUGAACAGUAAUGGUAAGACGAGUAUUGUGAACCUAUUUUAUGUUUGCAGCUCGGAAGUUAAGUUAGAAGUAAUAUGAAUUGUACAUUGGUUUUUUCUCCCUGGAAAGUAACUUUUCCGACGUAAAUAAUGUAAAAUGAAAAGCAUUAAAGCAAGUGCUUGGAUGCUUUAUAAACCUGAUAUAUCAUAACGUUGCAUAGGCGUAGACAACAUAGAAGGCGAUGAGCGGUAAGUAGACGGACAGCAAAAGAGGAAGGGCAAAUAAGAGCAGUACCGGCAAGUAGAACUAGGAAUAUUCAUUGUAGGACACUAGAAGAAACGCAUAGAAACGAAAUACUAGCCAAAAGAGAACGAAGAGAAGGUAAGCUGAACGCCAUUUCCCUUAUUUUCAUCGUUUUAUGUAAGCUAAGUCCUACGGGAAAAAUUAUGAAAUGAAUGUGCAAAUGAAUGAACUGAGGCCCGUUCGCUUGUCAACCGGGUUCUCUUCUGUACUGUAUAACUGGUAACGUAUUAAGUAGUUAAUUUAUUAAAUCCACGAAAAAUGGCUAAUUAC